GCCAACUCCCAUUGCGCAGGCGCAUGCAGUGCACCAACAUGGCCGCCCCCGUGGAUCUUGAGUUGAAGAAGGCCUUCACAGAGCUUCAAGCCAAAGUUAUUGACACUCAACAGAAGGUGAAGCUCGCAGAUAUACAGAUUGAACAGCUAAACAGAACGAAAAAGCAUGCACAUCUUACAGACACAGAGAUCAUGACUUUGGUAGAUGAGACUAACAUGUAUGAAGGUGUAGGAAGAAUGUUUAUUCUUCAGUCCAAGGAAGCAAUUCACAAUCAGCUGUUAGAGAAGCAGAAAAUAGCAGAAGAAAAAAUUAAAGAACUAGAACAACUUGCUUUUUUCAUUCCACAUGAAGCACAAACAUUGCCAUUCGUAGGGCUGGUCGGUGGACUCACUGUCGAGUGCCAGCAGCAGAAAAAGUCCUACCUGGAGCGGAGCGUUAAGGAAGCUGAGGACAACAUCCGGGAGAUGCUGAUGGCACGAAGGGCCCAGUAGGGAGCCUCUCGGGGAAGCUCUUCCUCCUGCCCCUCCCAUUCCUGGUGGGGGCAGAGGAGUCUCUGCAGGGAAACUUCAGCUUCUCUUCUGCCCCGAUGGAUACUUUAUCUGGAUGACCUAGCAACGUCACAUUUUCUGCGUCACCCUGAGCCCCAUUUGCUUCCAAGCCCUGGAGUUUUUACCCUGAUUUUGCCUGCCACCUCUGCCCAGGACACUCUUCCCUCUCGGGGUGUGUGAUGAACUCCCAGGAGAGGGAAGAUGGGAGCCAGGGCAAGAUAGGAAGCUCUGCCUGGGCUUUCCACUAGGCAUGCCAGCCAGACCAAUAAAAAGCGUCUGUCCCACUCUGCUAAGCCUGCUUUUCUUCAGCAGAGGGAUGGAACAGAGGGUGAGAGGCAGUGGCCAUCUCCGCCUCAGCUCCUGCUCCCUCUGAUUCGGAGCCCUUCCUUUCUUGAGGGAUGGGCUCUUGCCCUCUUCUUUUUUCCCUUCCUGUACCUUUGACUAACCCCUCAGCUUCCGGGCCUGCAUGUAGUAGACAGAAGAGGAAGAAAGAACAGACGUUCACAGCUGAAUCUCAGUGAACAGAAUAGCAGUCCCUGGAUGGCAGUCUGCCUAAAGAUUCCUUUCCCUGCCUUCUCCCAUACAUUCCAAAAGGAAGUUCAACAGUCAGCAGCACCUCCAAGACUGUCUCCUUUUGGCCAAUAUCAUAAGAUGGACGCUGUAAUCCUGAGGCCUCCUAGAGGCUGAGGGGCAAUGGUGUGCUCCAGCUGGCUCAUCCCAGCCUAGGUGGGCCAGUUAUUCAAUUUUCAAGAAUUUUGUUGCAAGUCAGUUGUUAAACACAGCCAUUAUAAUUAUGUAAAUUGCAAAUUAUGUUAAAAACAAGGACAAUAAAUAUUCAAAAUGCAUCCCUAAUUA